AUGCAGAGAGGGGAUGCCAGGACACUGCCGCAGCCGCCGGGGGUGGCGGCUGGAGCCGAGCCGGGAUCUCGGCACAGCCAGAGCCGGCACAACGAGCGGCACCAGCAUGGGGCCACCAGGGAGCUGCAGGUGCUGCGGGAGCGGCACAGCCAGAGCGGGGCUGAGCGGGGGCAGCCGCGCCUGGGGCAUCUCUGGGGCUGCCAUGGCAACUGGCACAGCUGCGUGGAGUGGCUCCAGAAAUAUGUCAGAUAUGGGCGGGAGGAGCUGCAGUGUAAAGAGCCCCCUGAUGUCCGUGUGUCCCGAAAAGUGGAACACGGGAUCCUGACACUGUCCUGCCGCGCAUACAGAUUCUACCCCAGCACCAUUGGGACCAGCUGGAUGAAGGGGAUGAAAUCCCAGAUCGUUCCACACCUGGGCAGGAUCGAGGAAUUUGGGACUGUGGAGCAGUGGGAUGGGGGUUCCCCUCCCCUCCUAACCAUGCCAUGCUUCCCAGAGCUGGAAUCCAGCAGGAAUCUCACCCUGGUGGUCGCUGUGUCUGUCAGUGCUGCCAUCAGCAUUGUUGUCCUCAUUGGAUUUGGUGUCUGGAAGCUCCAAUCUGGUUCGCUCCAAACCCAACCUGGGGGUCACCCUGUUCUUCUCCCCUUCCCAGACACUUGGAGAUCCCCCCAUGACCCAUCCAGCCCCCCCAAACUCCUCCUUGGGUCACCCCUAAGUCCCCAGUGGGGAUUUCUGUGAGUUCCCCUGUGUUCCCCCAUUCCCAGGACUUUGGGGGUCCCCCCCGACCUGUCUGUGCCCCCCCUGAUUUCUUCCACAGCCCCUCUGUGAUGGUGGGGGCUGGGGUCCAAGUGCUGGUGCCUCCCUGCCUGCAGCAGAUCCAGCACUGAGGGGAGUCCCUUAGCAUUUGGGGUCCCCUGGGGUUAGGGGUCACCCCCCCGGGUCACCCAGGAUCUCCCUGAACACGCUGACACUGCCCAUGCUCAGUGAGAAGGUUCAUUCCCAGCACGAGGCCUCAGCUGUGUCACUGGCAUCGCCCAGGUACCCACAAAGCCUCCCAGGAACCCCAAACCUCCUGGAACAACCCAGCUUCCCUGGGACCCCAAUAUCAUCCCUAGCCUCUCCAAAAGCUCCCCAAGACUGCAAAACCCCAUACAGACCCCCCCAAACCUUCUCAGGACAUCAAAAUUCCCACAGGACGUCCCAACACCCCUCCAGACCCCCUUGAGAAGGUACAUACAUGGCAUGGGAUCCCCAUCUCCGU